CAUUUAUCUGAAACCUAUCUACGGUCACUUAAAAAUCUUAGACUACACGUGCUGAUUCAAAACAAAAAAAUUGAGGAAAAAGCGCAGCAUAAUGGAUGACGAUGACGAAAACUUCAGUAUGGAGGUUGUGGAGCCCGAGGACGCGGAGAGCGACAUGAAUUCGGACAGUGCUAGUGAUGCGGAGGACGACAGCGCCAAGCCCAAAGAAGUCUAUCUGCCCGGAAACGUGUUGGCCGACGAUGAGGAGCUGGUCUGCGACGAGAGUGCCUACGUAAUGUUGCACCAGGCUUCCACGGGGGCUCCCUGUCUGAGCUUCGACGUCAUUCCCGACGAGCUUGGGACAGGGCGGCAGGAGUUCCCGAUGACCGCUUACAUAGUGGCCGGCACGCAAGCCUCCCGCACCCACGUUAACAAUCUCAUUGUGAUGAAGAUGAGCAAUUUGUGCAAGACGCAGGAAGAUGACGAAGACGAGGAAUUAGAGGACGACCAGGACGACGUCGCAGACCGUGAGGAGCUAAAGAAGCCGCAGAUGACUUGCGCCCUGAUCAAGCACCAGGGUUGUGUUAACCGUGUGCGUGCCCGCCGUUUGGGUAACACGGUGUUCGCCGCCUCCUGGAGCGAGCUUGGCCGCGUCAAUAUCUGGAACCUGAGCCAACCCCUGCAAGCUGUGGAGGAUUCAAAACUGCUCAAGCAGUACGAACAGCACAACGAGACCCGUCCUGUAUUCUCCUUCGGCGGGCACCAGCAGGAGGGCUUUGCCGUAGACUGGAGUCCUAGCGCGGAGGGCGUGCUUGCCACGGGCGACUGUCGGCGGGACAUACACGUGUGGAGUCCCCUAGAGGACGGCACCUGGAAGGUGGACCAACGCCCGUUGGCGGGCCACUCUCAUUCGGUUGAGGAUUUGCAAUGGAGUCCGAACGAGCGCAGCGUGCUCGCAUCCUGCUCGGUGGACAAAACCAUUCGCAUUUGGGACUGCAGAGCGUCGCCGCAGAAGGCCUGCAUGCUGACCUGCCAGGACGCCCACGAGAGCGAUGUCAAUGUGAUUUCGUGGAAUCACUCUGAGCCUUUUAUCGCUAGUGGUGGAGACGACGGCUUCCUGCACAUCUGGGACCUACGUCAGUUUCAGAGCCAGAAGCCAAUUGCCACGUUUAAGCACCACACAGACCACAUAACCACAGUGGAAUGGAGUCCCUGUGAGGCCACUGUCCUGGCCUCGGGUGGCGACGACGACCAGAUUGCCUUGUGGGAUUUGGCUGUGGAGAAAGACACCGACCAGGCUCAGGCCCAGGCCCAGAAUGAAGAUGAGCUUAACAAGUUGCCACCCCAGCUGCUUUUUAUUCAUCAGGGCCAGAAGGAAAUAAAGGAGCUACACUGGCAUGCUCAGCUCCCGGGCGUACUGCUAUCCACAGCCCACAGUGGCUUUAACAUUUUCCGCACCAUCAGCGUAUGAUCCCCUUAAUCAGCUGGCCCAUUAUGCUAUGAGUUAACUACUAGAAGAUAAAAAAACAAAAUCAUUAGUGCCGAAAUGUUCUUUUAAAUGUAUAUGGAAUAUACAUAUAUUUUUCACACUUUAAGGGGGGUUAUCAAUAGCUGAGAAACGAUUUUUGUCUGCAUUAAUAAAAUCUAUAACUAUCUAAGAAAA